AUGGAUAUUAACAAAAGUAUAACUACAAAAGGAGGAGCUGCUAAAGAGCGUGAAAAAAAAAGAAUUAAGUUAAAUGUAGCGGCAAAAUCGUGUCAAAAUAUACAACACUUUUUUAUGCCAAUAAAUAAAAUUAAUGAACACGAUAUUGACGAUCCUGCAUCUGUAUCAAACUUGAUCUUGAAGCAUAACAGUGAAAAUCAAAUAAAUGAUGAAUGUGAUAAUACAAGUCAAGAAAAAGAGCCUAAUUUAAAAGUUGUCACCUCAUCUGAUACUCAAGUAAUAGAAUGUGAAAAUACAAGCCAAGAAGAUUACAUGACAAAUUUAGAAGUUAUUACUUCAUCUGAUGCUCAAGUUACAGUUAGUUCUAUUGAUAUACAUGAUCCAAUCCAUCCAUCGUCGUUAACACACUUAAAUUUAAAAGAGAGAAUAUUAAAAGGUGGUUACAAACCAAUUUUAAGUUUAUAUCCACGAAAACUUCAAGGUAAUAAAUUUAGAUCAUUCCAUAAAGAGUGGUAUAAACAGUACGAUUGGCUAGAAUACAGUCCUACAGCUGAUGCUGCCUUCUGCUUCCCUUGCAGAAUGUUUAAAGGUAAUGAAAAAAACUGUGGUCAAAUUGAUUCUACUUUUUUUGAAAAAGGGUUCAGUGCAUGGUAUAGAGCCGGGGAGGCAUUUAAAAAACAUCAAUUAUCAAAGUACCAUUUGAAUAGUUCUACAGCUUUACAUAACUAUAUACACAAUAAAUCUAUAGCUUCUAAGAUAGAUGAACGACAUGCAUAUGAAACUAGUCAAAAAGAAAUAGAACGCCAAAAUAAUAGACUAACUAUGAAUCGUUUAAUUGACAUUGUAAUUUGUUUAGUCAAAGGUGGUAGACCUUUCCGUGGGCAUAAUGAAAGUUCACACAGUGUAAAUCAAGGUCUUUUUAAAGAGUUGGUUAAUUUACUAUCAAAAUAUGAUACUGUUUUAAAAAAACAUCUCAUAGAAGGUCCAAAACAUGCACUGUACACAAAAAAAAAUCGACCAAUUGAAACAUUAGUGUCAUUGCAACGUUUAAAAUCAACCACAGCGCAAGACAUUUUUAAUUCAUUAUGUAGUGUAUUGGAUCUUAUGAAUAAACAAUGGGAAGAUGUUUUAUCUGUUUGUUUUGAUGGAGCAUCGACCAUGUCUGGUCAUUUAAAUGGCGUUCAAUCAAAAUGCAAAGAGAAAAACAAUAGCAUAAUGUAUGUACAUUGUUACGCUCAUUGCUUAAAUUUAGUGUUGGUUGAUUCUAUAUGUGAAAAAUCAAAUUCUAAAGGAAAACAAAAUCGAUUAGUUUUUAAUUUUUUAGGAACUGUUCAAUUCAUAUAUAACUUUAUAGAAAGUAGUCCUAUGCGACACGCAACUCUGGAAAAAGUUGCAAAAGAAACUGGUGAUAAACUCCACACAUUGAAGUCAUGUUCAAAUACAAGAUGGGCUUGUCGAGCAGAAGCUGUGAAAGCAAUUAUGAAUAAUUAUGAAGUUUUGAUUAUUGCAAUAGAAAACAUUUGUGAAAAUUGUUCAGUGCCAGAGAUGAGAGCUAAAGGAAUUGGUUUAUUAUAUCAAUUAAAAACCUUUGAUUUCAUUUUUGGUAUGCAUAUGAUGAAUCCAAUUUUAAUGUUAAUUUUAAAAGUUAGUACCUUACUCCAAGAACCAAAUCUUAAUCUUGUUUUGGCAAUGAAAAAUGUUAAUAGUUUGAGAAGUACAUUAGAUAGUAUGAGAAAUGAUGACAGUGAAUACAAACAAAUGUUUGAUAGAUCUGUUAUAUUAUGCAAAAAACAUGAUAUUGUUAUUCCAGAUA